UUUUUUUUUAUAUCGAGAAACGAUAUAUAAAACCGGAUGUCUCGAUUACAGCGCGGUGGUGUCCCGGUAUCGGCGCUCCUAUUACGUCGUCGACUACGUACAACAGCGUCGUAUCUCCCGAGGGAAGAGCGAUAUCCUGUUAAAUCGAUAACGAAUGAUGACAGAACCACGUGCUGCGGCAUGCGACUUGUACCAAGUCGCCCCUGGCCCUAUUUUGGCAUUCGAUAUUCGAAGCUCUGGCAUGCCUGAGGAGUACGCGUCACGUCGCGCCGUGGUAUCGUCGCUGCUGUCGUGAUCGCGCGGCCCCUUUGUUCCUCUUUUUCUCCCCCUCCCCCCCCUCCGCCGCGGGGAUACGAUACGUAAAUGGCGCAGGAAGUUCCGGAGACGACGUACGAGCCGGAAGUGGAAGAAGACGCGAGGAGAAAGCGCGAGCGCCGAGUUGUUCAGGAGGGCACGGCGUUAUGGAGGCGACGGAAGGAGGAGCUGCAACGUCAAAAGCACCGCGAGCAACGUGAACUGCAGGAGAUUCUGACCAAUUACUCGCCGUGGGGUAAACCAGGCGGCGGCGCGCCCUGCGCGGCCACCCUGAGGAAGAGAAACGUGCCUCUGGAGCCGCUCGAGCUGCCGAGGCAUCACAGUUUUGGUCAGGGUUGGACGAGCAACUCCACGAUCGACAGACUAUACAAGAGGAACACGGACCCUCCGGCUGUUGUGGACGUGAAUAAAUUCUACGAUGACAGAGCGACGCCAGGUAUCGCUUCGGAAACACAACCGGACCCGAGGAAUCUCUACAAGGAGGAGGUUCAGGUGUACGAGCUUACGGGUGGUGUCGAAUUGGUACCUUUGUUAACCAGCAGACGCCAUCAGUCGUAUCCGCAGUCCAGGCGCUAUCUCGCCACGGACGCCACUCGUCCGGGAUACACGAUAGAAUCGUUCCGCGCGCUCGGCGUCGGCAAUCGAGAAUACAUCGCGGAUCUCGCUGAGCAAAUACGACGUAAACGGGACAGGGCGCUGGAGGAACGGCGGAUCGAACAGGAGAGUUGUCGUAGGCACUUCGAUACUUGGAGAAGGCUAUGGGGUAGACCGGGCCACGGUGCCCCCAUAGAUCACGCGCGGCGGAACAAUCUCUACAACAUCCUCCAUCGACCGGCUAUCUAUUGAAUUUUCCUGUAAAGCGUUUCGCCUCCGAGCGAGCGCAAAAGCGGAGGUGACUCCGUCUCUCUGUAAAAUGGCGCCUUUUAUUAUACGAAACGAAUAAGGAGUAAAGGCUAUUAGAUACCGGCGACGCAACGCGAGAUAGGGUGUAUCGUUUCCACAGGGGAUGGUAGCUGGGCAUAAUAAUACAUAAAUAGCUUCUAGUUCUUCGGAGGAUGAUCGUGUGCCCGAUGUGCAUAAUAUCAUUCCUCACUGCAUGCAGAUUAAAAUCCCUCUCGAGCAAACCGUUUAUUUUCGAAAUCACGUAAAUCAAGCUUUACAACGGAAUCUAAAAUUUGAGCGCGAUGGCCCGUUGGCCUCAAUACGAUUUUAAACAAGAUUACAUUAUUUGCAAAAUAAGCCGUUCACGUAUAAUAGUAAUGCGUUGGAAAAAGUGCAUAGUAAUGUGAAAAUGGUAAUAUCUUUUAGAAGCACUUUUCACACACACAACGUUGCUAAUAUUCAGCAUGCAACUACGCUGCGCAAUUAAAAUCAAAUGUUGCGAAGAGGGAAAGGUAGUAAAAGAUUGUAUAAGAGCUAGUAGAGUAUUAGGGGGGGAAAAAAAAAUGUUAGCGCCGGCGUCCUUUGUUUCUUAUGAACCGACUUGACGUGAAAAAGCGAAGAGUAUAUCGGACAACCUAUUAAAUUUCAUGAAAGCCUCGCAAGAGAGUGAAGGGCAGCUUGAUAAACCAGGACUAUGAGUGCCGCCGCGAUUGACCAGACCUCAAAGGAGCAAUCUCAUGAGAAUCUAGUUGCUGUAUGCCGGUCGAUAGGUUUUAAAUUUCAUGAACACCAAGGAACGGUCAUUUGAAUAUAUGUAUGUAUAGGUGUCCGUGAUAACGCGCGGUGCUCGUGAAAGAAACGUUUCUCAUCAUCAGUCAUCGUGUCGCUGAAAUCUGUCUACAUUGUUACUUCGCUUUUCUUAUCUUUAACUAAAGAAAAUUCAUGUAAUUUAAAUCUCUCGACUUAGAAAACGCCUGUAAAACGGCGGCUUAGGAAUUUGGAAGUUUUAGAGUUACGUAAACUAUACCAGAAUGUCUCCCUUUUAAAACGCGUACGCUAGUACGCGUACAAAAAAAGUUUAUUUUUGAAAAUUAGGUGCGAAAUAGGUGCGAAAAUGUAGUGGCCAAUAAAAGCUUUUAUACUGAAUUUAUUGAAAAUCUAGACGCGGGAAUUUAAUCAAAGCUUACUUUUGUCUCAGUCAUUAUAUAAUUUAAGCUGGUAUUAAAAUUACAAUAUUAUAUUAAAACUCAAGAAAUAUUUUAAAAGGAGGAUACCAUUACGAAUGAGUACAGAGGAGAGGUGUAACGUUCUUUUGACUUUGAUUCUUUUGACGUGUGGAAUAUAGAGAUAAUUCUAGUCUUGAUAAUAACUUGUGAUAACUUAUAAUGUUUUAAUACGCUUUGUCCGCAACUAGUUGUAGUAAUUAAUUAACGCUCGUGCGUUUUAAGGCAAUGUAAUUUCGGAUAAGUACACUGUUGUGUUUGCGGUGAGAUGCAUUUUUAACGACGCGGCUUGACGCCGUGUAAAAACGUAUAUAAAAUUCAGCAAUUGCUCCUGCGUCGAAUUUGUCCGAAAAUGUGUUUCAUAAUCUUAAAUGUUAUGGUCAAAAAGACAAACACGUUACGUGUUAAACAAUUAACCAUGUUUACUAUUAUAUUAUUUAUUGUUUGAACUUUAUUUAAUUACUUUGGCGCUAUU